UGAAUCCAAUCUUGAGAAAGCAAAGCUUGAAGCAAAAGAAGCUAUGGCCAAGCAAAUUAAAGUUUCACUUGAUUUUGAAAUAGAGGAGGUAGGUGGUUGCAUCUGAGUCUUAAAAAGGUACUAAGCCCAUAAGAUGGAUAGAUUGGCAUAAGUGCCUGGGUAAAUUCUUUUUCUGGUUUAUUUGCGAUUGCUUAAGGUAUCAUCCACCCUUAAGCAUCCUCCCCGCGUUGAUCGGCGCUAGCGCUUUUGCUUUUAAUAAAUACCCCCAUAAACCGUACAUUUUCUGAAAGCUUAAUAGUUCCAGAUUAUUGCUUAUUCCUUUUAAAAAAUCAAAAUAUUAACGCCAUUCAGAAAUGAGAAGCUUUUUGUGAAAGUGGGUGUCGCUGUAAAUUUAAGUCCAGGCCAGCCAAAAAUAAACGGAAGAAGCCAAUUAAGAUCGCAUUCGCUUCUUAACACAUUUGACUUAAAAACCGUUUCUCAGAUUUUUCUCAAGUGGUUUUGUUCUUUUGUUAUAAGCAAUUGAAGUUAGGGAUAGCAAAUCAUUAGCACUACCUGUGAAAAAAAUUCUCUUACUUGAAAACGAAAAAAGAAAUCAAAAUUCGCAGACACGAUUUUUUAGAAAAACUAACUGACAGUAAGUUGGCCAAAUUUCAGCCAAAUUGGUUCGCGGGUUGCCGACUUGGAGUUUAAAACGUACCCUCAACUUGCUCUGAUUUUCAUUUCGAGAAAACAGGGGAAAAAGAUUUUUGGCGGCGUAUUGCCCGUGACGAGAUUAUAACAGAUUAUAACACCAAAGCUGUCAAUGUUGAUGCAUACCAGAAAAGGGACAACAAUAGUGACACAACUUUUACUCGAUACAUUUUCUAAAAGUUCGACACUUCCCUGGAAAAAUCGACAACAAACCGCUUCCUGGAGUUUUUCUUGAAGCUGCUCUCCCGCUACAAUAGACUUUCAAAAAAGUCCUUCGUCCGAUUUUUAUAUGGCGCGGGACCGGUCGCGAAUUUUUCGCUUGCUUGGCCGCUUUGCGACCUAAAAAGCUGCCUCCGCUCGCUAAGAAACUCGUGAAACUCGAUUUCGCGGUAGUUUCAAUGGGUUUUUCAGAAGCUUUGUCAUCUUUUAGCCAUUUUUCUUGAUUGUAGUAGGAGCCCUUGUCACUCUCUGCUAAUUUCGAAGCCCACACUUUGCAAAACGAUUUUGUCGUCUUCUUUCGUCUUGGAGUCAAGGACGAAAACGGACAAGCUCUUUUUUCUUCUUUGGAGGCAUUCACUUUCAAAGUCCAGGAAAAAACAGUGAGCACUAUACUUGUAGACCACGAUUUCUGUCAAAUUGCGUGAUUAGCUUGGUUCAACAGCGGCAUGCGUAUCAAGUAUGACAGGACUUGUCAACAAUCAAUUAAAAUAAUUAGCAUAGAAAAAACAGCUCCAUAAGUCUGCACUGAAAAAAACAUUUUUUCCUGGAAUUGUUUUUAAAAGAAAGCUCUUGAUGAGCUCUACUUAAUCAUCUAAAAAUUGAAAAUUUCGAAAAAUGAUGGGUUUUUACCCUGGAUGAUACCUUAAAUUGCAAUUACCACUGCGACGAUCAUAUCUUCAUUUUAAAAAAGAAGGUUUUUGUUACCUUCUUUUCUUAAAAACUGUAUCAAGCUGUCCAGAUGUUUUCCUAGAAUAUUUUCCCUUCUAUCAUAAUAACUCUCUGUCACUCAGCAUAAUGUAAGAUAUCAAACACGAGAGAGCGUGUUUCGUUAAAAGUCCAGACACCGAGAAAUGAGCUUAAAAGACAGGCACUUAGUCAUGGUCGCAGACACACAGGGUUUUAGCCAGACAUUGAAAACUGGCCGUCCAGAAUUCACGUUUUCCCGUAAACGUAUGAGAGAUAAGGUGAAUUUUCCUUGUGUUUCUUCCAAAAAUGGGCGUCCAUAGGACGUCUGGACACCCUUCUGGCUAAAACCUUGCAGACACAUAAAAACACUACAUUGCUAACAUUCCUUAAGCAGACACCUCUCUUAAACAGACACUUAGUCAUGGUUACAGACACACACAAACACAACGUUGUUAAACUUUCUUACACGGACACCUCUCUUUAUUAAGCAGACACCUAGUCAUGAUCCUAGACACAUACACUACAUUGCUAACUUUCCUUAAGCGGACUCUUCAUCUUGGUCCCAGACACAUACAAACACCACAUUGCUAACCUUCCUUAAGUGGACACCUCUCCUAACCAGACACUUAGUCAUGGUUCCAUACACAUAAAAACACUACAUUCUUAAACUUCCCUACGCGGACACUUAUUCAUGAUCCUAGACACAUACAAACACCACAUUGUUAACCUUCCUUGCGUGGACACAUCUCUUAAUCAGGCGGACACUUAGUCAUGGUCCCAGACACAUACAAACACUACAUUGUUAACCUUGCUUAUGCAGACACCUCUCUUAAACGGACACUUAGUCAUGGUCCCAGAUACAGUACACUACAUUUUUAACCUUCCUUAAGCGGACACCUCUCUUAAGCAGACACUUAGUCACGAUCCCAGACACAUACAAACACUUCUUUGUUAACCUCCUUACGCGGACACCUCUCUUAAACGGACACUUAGUCAUGAUCCCAGACACAGUACACUACAUUUUUAACCUUCCUUAAGCGGACACCUCUCUUAAGCAGACACUUGUCAUGGUCCUAGACACAUACAAACUCUACAUUAUUAACCUUCCUUAAGCAAACGUCUCUCUUUAGCGGACUUUUGGUCAUGGUCCCAAACACAAAAACAAACACUACAUUGGUAAACUUCCUUAAGCGGACACUUGGUCAUGGUUCAAGACACAUACAAACACUACAUUGUUUAAAACCUUCCUUAAGCGAAAACAUAGUUAUGGACCUAGACACAAGGUAGAGUGGGUGAGUGUUUUCUCCAGAAGAGAUGUCCUCAUUACUAAUGUAACUUCUUACUUUACGUUACAGAUAGCAGUUGAUGUCAGCACUGUUAAUCACACUGGUGAAGCAACACCUUGUCUUGAACUGUCCAUCAAACGUUUGGGCACCAAAGUAGUUAUGCAUCCUUGGGACCUGACAGCAAGUGCCUCUCUUGGUUCCAUGGCUGUGAAAGAGAUGACGUUUGGUUCUGAUGGGGCCCCUUUGUACCUUGUGCAAACACCUGUUGGAGCAGAACUCCUUUCAGUCAAAUUCGUGAAGGUAAAUCCAAAUUUUUUAACUGAACAAGAAGCUAUUAUAUCAGAGUUAACACUUGCGGGUUAUUGUAUCACGCGUAUGAGAGGAUUUUUGUGUCAGGCACGUGUGAGUGCCGCAAUGUUGUUAAUUGUUAAGGGUUGGUUGAAAUGGGUAAAAAACGAGACGUGGAGCCAUAGUGGACGUUGCUUAGUAUGUAACUAGCUUGAAUUUUUCAUCGGAAUUGCUAACGUAAACUGGCUCAUCGAAUAGCGAACUCGCAGGACUACCAAGAAAUGUUAUGGACUGGUAGCAACCUCUCCAUUUCGAGUGGCCAGCGAACGCGCAAGUGAGCGGUGAAGCCGUGAGAGGCAGAGGAAACGAAGAGCUCUCACUUUUUUCCCGCACCUGCUCCCGCCUCUCCUUUCGCUUGCUAUUCGUGUGCGACUUCUCUCGAUAUUCCUUAAAUGGAGAGCUUGCUCACAGGCUGUUACGGUUUUCUUUGUUGUGAGAGAUGGUUGCAUCGUCAUCAUAAUGGCUCAGUCAAUUCCAAGCGUACCCAUACCUCCAAAAGCAUUUGUCAAGUGCUGACAUCUCCUUUGGCCCUCGACAUCGGCGCAAGAACGGGCAAAAUUGCUUAAACUCUCGUCUGUAGUAAAACCCGUCAAUUCCAAUCAAUUUGCGAAAUUUAGCUCUAAUUGUCGGAAGAAAUCGCUCCGUUCCUAGGUAAAAAAAAAAAACAACAACAACCUUCUUCCAACUGAAAAGUACCCCUACGUUGUUUCAAAAAUUGUUAAAAAUGCUGUUUGGUAUAAUGUUGUUAUAAUGUUUGAUGCUGGAGAUAAAAAUAGGUAAACUAAAAAAAAAAAAAAACGUCUUUGUGCAGCAUUUUGUAAUUUAUCUUGGCGAGGAUAAACAAUCUUUAAGCUCUUUAAAACACUUUUCAAUGAGCACUUUAAAACAGUUUCAAAACAGCAACAAUUUUUAAUUAAGGGGACAUUUUGUAACACAACAUAAAUAUAAAUGAUAACAUCAAUGAAAAGGAAACACGUAAAAUGCUCUGGCCUUUCCCUUUGAAAAAGCUGUCAUGUAAACGAUAGACGUUCUCAAGGACUGAUGGCUGACCGUGGCAUGAUAUGAACACCUUGAUAUUCUAGCGAUCAUCUUUUCGAAUCAAAACCUUUCAGGAACAGCUAAAAGUCUUGCAGGAUCUUCCAAAACAAUAUUUUUCCUAAUUCGGUGAAAGCUGUGUCUGGUAAAAUGAGAAUAAAAGAUAGAAAACUCAAAAGAUUGUGUAUCCUCCCCAAGAUAUGCCAACACGUCAUGUCGAACUACAUGGGGAAACGAGACUGUGAUAUCCUUAAGUUUUGGCUACGGAGAGGUUAGCGGUUAAAGUUGCGUUAUGACUUGGAUGGUUGCCCACUUCAUUUUUGGCCUUCGGAACGACGAGACCGUAAAUUCGUUCCACGCUGCAUUCGAUGUGCACAAUGCAAACAAAAAACUUCAAAGCCUUUCCUUGACACUUUCAGAAGACCACAAAUGAUCGAUCUUUUAUGUUUUUUGCCUCGAGGCAAGCGAACCAACGCUUGUUGCCGUUGUGGCCAUCUUGUAAAUUAAAAACCAGAAGUCAAGAUAGCGGCAAACCAAGUAAUUUUCACCGCUUGCUACUUUUAAACCAUUUUAUCGUAAGGGGUUUCAAUCAUUUUCAUGUAAACCAAGCAAUUAUUUUUGUCCCUUCUUUUCAAAUAGCUUCACGUAAUCCCCUAGUGCACGACGUUAUAGCUAAUUUUCACAUGCGGUGGCGCAAUCGGCUAAUCCGUCAACUUAGCGUCUGGUCUCAAGGGGCGCGACCGGGUGAUUCGGCUCAAAAGAGACUAAUUAUUUAUUCUUUGGAUAAAUUAAACUAUAUAUUCUAGCCGAAAGAACUCGAAGUGAUCACGAUCGGGUCUCACUUCGUGAAAUAGCCGAAACUAACCGAAAAGUCGAGAACUUGCGUGCCCAGUCUUGUCCUGAAACUAAUCCUUCAACUUAGAGUCUCGUCUGAUCUGACGGGUCGCAGGUGAGUCGGUUCAAUGCCCGGGUAAGCCAAAAAUAAGAAUUAUUUCUUCCUCGAAUGAAUUAAGGAAUCAAUCGAAGAACUCGAAGUGAUGUCGAGAUAUCUCGAACUAAUUCCGCUCUCACUUCGUCAAAUAACCGACUCAAACCGAAAGCUCACGGACUUUGCGUGACCAAUCUUGUCCCCCCAAGAAAGCAACUUUGGGACAUUCCUGAGCGUCGCGAAUCCCUUUCUUAGCGCUCCGCCCAAGAAUCAAUUAAGGUCAUAUUACACGAGACGAUUCGUAACGACGAUUUCAAGCGCAAUACAUUUUUGCAUUUUUGGAGCAGUGUUGCAACCAUUUAAAACAAUGCCGCAACAGUGUUGUUAUGCUAUGUUGCACUAAAAAUCGUCGUUGCCAAUCGUCCCUUUGUAACUGAGGUGACAAAUUCUCUGAAAUAUCUGUAGGGAAGAGUGGAUCGACUACGUUCUGACAGGAGCCUACUUAUAGAAAUUCUCCACGAUUGUAAGAUUGUAAUCGCCAAAGUAGUUUCUUCCUCAAACCAUGACAUACAAAAUAGACAUUCGCAUUAGACUUUUUAUCUGUGGCAGUUUAGCGUUAAAUGAACGAAAGCUCUAUUUCUUUCUUUCUCUUUGUCGCGGAUAUUUUGUUGUCACUCUAUUUGCAACCAUAAUGUGUUUAUUUGUGGCGAAUACUUUAAAUUAAAUUUACUUUAAUUAAACAACUUUGUAGCAGACGAGUAAAGUAAUGUUGUAGCUGUAACCAAAUGUUAGUGAUUGGUUGGGGCUUGGGUCACCUUAGAAAGGCGGAGAUAAGUUAAGAUGGCUCGAUAGAGUUUUUCAAGGUCAAUACCUCACAAGUCCCAAGUUUGAAUACAAACUUCGUCACCAUUAACAAAGAUUUGGAAAAAUCACCACUACAGCUGUAUUAGAUAAAGAUGAAAACCUGUUAUGAUCAGGGUUACAAUGACAUCGGAGUUGUCAUAGCAACAAAAUGACGCCAUUACCUAUUUUACCUGCAGCCGUAUUUCUCGGCACUGGGAACUGUUCUUCAAAGUCGUUCACGGGAGCUUUUUCCUCUGAUAGCCGCCUCGAUGUUCGUGAAGUUUAAGCGAAAUCUGCAAUAGCGUUAUCGAGAUAUUUUGGGGUUAAGUUUUAAUGGUUAGAAAUAUUGUAAAAACUGGACAAUCUUAUGUUGGGCAGUUAUCUGUAGAAAGUGAAGCGCUUUUGAAGUGCAAUUUCGCCUCAUAGUACUUGGAAAACGUGUGUGAAAGAUCAUGAGAUAGCUCAAGCCGAUUUAGUAUGUAUCGAGGCGCUCUUGUUAGCGGUUUUGUAAACAUUUUGGUCUACUUAAACAAACAAGCGAAUAACUUGGAAACCGCUCGAUAGAUUUUUUUAAAAAUUAAAGAUUCUGGAGAUUAACCGUCGUUUGAUAUAAUUUUUGAGUUUCAAGAUUAUUGAUAUAUUGUAAAGCAAUAAAAUAAGAGUUACAAUUCGCUAUUUCUUGUCCCAGAUUUCCUGUUUGCAAGUGAGAGCCCCUGAUUAAUUAAUCGUACACAUAUGUUUUUUUUUCAAGGUUGAAUCAGACCAUCCUGAAUAUCGCUCAAGAUAUAAAUCUACCCAACAGUUGGUAAACGUUGAGUUUUCGUCGUUGCAAGUAAAACUGCAUCAAGAAGCUUUACUCAAUAUAAUUGAACUGUCAACGAAGAUGCUUCCGCCGAGGUACUGUGCUUCACCAAUUUUGAGCGUGACAGAUUCUGCUUACAAUAUUUCUGCGAACUCAUGUUUUUUGAUUUCGUAAAGAAAGAAAACUCAACACGCCAAAGACAAAGGGCGUGACGCAUCGCGACGCGUUGGGAAAUCUGAUGAAGAACUCCUUGUUUUUUUGUUAUUUACCAAUUUAAACGUCUGGCGUCUGCAACUGCGUUUAAACAAUGUUGGAGUCUUUAAUUGUCUUUUGCGACAUCUUUAUGCGACGUACCUUGUCCCUUGUUCUUCGAAAGGAACGUAGUAUAGUGGGAAUGACAUUAUUCAGUUUUUUGUCUACGAUUUAUUGGUUCAUAAUUAAAUUCUUGCCGAUCUCAGUUUCACUAAUUAUCCCUGCAAGAUCUCCAAGUUCUUAGUUCUCACGCCAUAAAUGGGGUUUCAAACUCCCUUUUGUCGCCUCCACAGGCUGAUAACCUCAGAUAACUUCAUGCCUACUGUACCACUUACGAAAGAAGGCAAUGAAGUAAGCUCUGCGUUUUUAACACUCCUUUGCCUUUUAUCAGUGAAGAGAGUUCAGCUAGUGCUGCGGGUGACGAAACAAAGACAGAGGUCACUGAUACUAGUAAGUCGUCACAAGAAGCUGAAAGGAAAAGCAAGAAGAAGAAAGAGGAUGAUGAGGUAGUGCAAGUUGUAGUUACAGCUAAACUGGGAGGAAUUGCUGUCACAGUGACGUCUGUGGAGGGCGAUUUAAGUCACAUCAUUAUUGGAGGUAACUACUUAGGGCUGUUUUUUUUUUAAACAAACUAACCAGUGUCAAACCCUUCAACUCCAAAGAUUUGAUAAGUAAUUCUCAUUUCUGCCUGCUGUACAUUUUUUUGUCCAUUAAGUAAGAGAAUUUGGGGUAAUAUCAAUACCGUAUCCUUUUGCUAAAAAAAUUGGCCUUAAUGUAUUCUCAUCACCUAUUUGUUGGACAUUGUGUUGGAUUUUAUAGGGAGAAGUUACAUGCCAAUCACUUCUACGUAAACAAGACUGAAUACCAGAGCCCUUUUUCUUUAUUUGGCCAACAGUAAUGUUACGACUAAAAAUUCUGUGAAGAACUCGCCAACUCAGACAAUUAAACUAUAGCCAGUGCCCGCGAUACAGUCAGGUGACAUUGGUCAGCGGAUACCCUUUUUGAAUAACAUGAGUUAAACACAGAUUGCAUUUAAUAUGCCUUGGAAACCUAGCUAGUAAUGCCCGUUCAUUACAAAAUAAUAAUGCCCAGUCCUGACAAUAAAACAGCCAAUCAGAGCGCGCUUGCUGUUGUUACCAUAACAACCAGUAUUUAGACCGAUAGAGUCGAUCAUUUAAGGGCAGUAACCCACAUAACAGGCGCUUUAUGAGCCAAGAGAGGAGAACGCGGCAUUUUUCUCCCCUCGCCUCGGGCGCGAAAUGCUGUGUUCGCCUCGCUUGUCAUAAAGCGACUGUUAUGCAGGCUAGAGGGAAGUAACUCUAACCGCCGUUUUGUUUGUGAAUAGGAUUGUCAGCCUAUUGUGUUGUAAAGAGCAGCAAAACGGAAGUCACCGCCAGGUACAUAUGUAUUGUGUCUAUUUACCGGUCGUACGUUUAGGUACUUUAGGAUCCAACAACGCGACAGCAACGCGAACGUCGCUUGAAGUGUGAAUUUGCAUUCCUACCCAUUUACUUUGUCAAAUGUAGACGAACCCUCCAGAAGUUGAAUUCCAAUGGACCAUAUCUAAGUUCAGAAAGAGAAAUAAAAUCUCGUCGUUGCUUGUUUCUGUUAUCCACAAAACGCGAAGUUAGGCAUUUUUACGUCGUAGUCGUGCAAAACGGCGAAGAAAUGUACAAAAAAGUGUGAUCCACGUGCGAAGUUGUUGUUUUGCUUAUUAAAACCUAUUGUUUUUUGACGUUCUCGCUGCGGUCGCGUCGUUGAAUCUUAAAGUCCCUUUUGGUGAGGCAGCGAAGCACGUUAACCGGAAGCUAGGCCUUUUAAUAUGCCUUGACUCCACCAGAUUUGUAUUUUUGAAGUGUCUUUACUCUUAUAGACACGAUUUCUCGGAACUAAUUUCUGCCAAAGAAUGGAAAAUAGUCCACUUCCGGUUGCCGCCCGUCGCUCAACACGCCUUUGCUUAAGCACCCUACAAUUGAUAACUGUUACAUGUCGCUUUCUUUUUUUUUUUGAAGAAUGAAAGAUUUGUCAGUGAUGGAUUCCACUCGUGGAGCCUUGUACCCUAAAAUAGUGUCCAUUGUAAACCAGGAGGUUUUCAGUCUCGAGGUGUGUACAUUUUCUCACUCUAUUAAGAAUGGGUACAAGCUUUCAAAGAUUUAUGGGAUCGUUUGGGUGAAGAAACGUUUGUCAUGUUUGACCGAUGGUAUCCAAAGACAACCAGUAACCAUUAGCAACUUGCGCCAGUUGACCAAACGAUCCCAGAUGUAUUUGUUUUAACGUCUAAACAACUUAACAGAAACAGCGGAUUGAACAUAUUUGUCUGUCCUUGUCUCGAUUGUUCGAUAAAUGAGUGUUAAAUACAAUAGCCCAGUUAGUGAAAUUAGUGAAUUGUUUUAGUUUCUUGUUAAUGUAUUUUCAGGUUACUGCUUACAAUGAUGCGACUUCUGGCAAUAACAUAAGAAACAUGGAAGCAUCCGAUGUAAAACUCAAGAUGAGAAUCGGAUGUAUUAGAGUGGUGUUCCUCAACAAAUUUGUCAUGCGCUUAUUGGUAGGUAUCUUAUUCCUUGGUAAUUAAAAGAGUCAGUAUACCCUGCACAUCACGGACGGGAGAUCUUCGGGGUGGUAUAACUUUACAUUCAACUGCAUUGGACACCUCGCUCUUACAAACCCCACCACAAUACGGACUGCCGCCAAAUCCUCGGCAAGACGUACAGACGUUUGACUUCAACAAACUCCCGUUGUUACGGAGCCUUGCUAUUACAUGUACGUCUAUUACAGACUCAAGAAAACUUUUAAGUCACUACACCACAGUUUUAUUGUUCUAACUCUCUUUCUAUUUAUUUCCCUUUUCUUAUAUUUCCCGCACGGAACCCACCAGUGCACGAUAUUAUAGCUAAUUGUCACUUGAAAAACCAUAGUUGGUCGCGGUGGCGAAAUCGUCUAAUCCCUCAUCUAAAAUAAUUACUUAUUCCUCGAAUGAAUUAAAAUAUUUAAUGUAGCCGAAAGAACUCGAAGUGACCUCGAGGUAUCUCGAAGUAAUUCCUGUCUCACUUCGUGAGCUUCAUGAGCAAUUUUGGGACAUUCUUGAGCGUCGCGAAUCCUUUAGUUGGCACCUCCGGCUAAGUAAUAAACUCAGAUGUUGCUCCUCCAGUUCGAAUAUUUUCCAAGAAAACUCUUCUCUCGCAUCGUUAUUAAGGACACUAACCCACGUUCCAGAGGGUGCGGCAAUUACUGGAGUUUUAGAUUGCUAAAAUUUACCAAUGUCGUAGAAGUGAAAACGGGGCGCGCGUGUUUCGUGCUGAAUGGGACUGUAGGUGGCACUGACUAACUUUUAGACGUCCUCUACAGACUUCAUCAUCGUCCACUAAGAUGAUGACUUCCGAAUUUAUCCCGAGUUUUGCCCAUAUCUAGUUUGCAGAAUUUUUCCAGCAGAAAUGUUCGUUGACGAAAGUGGUGCAUUAUGCUGGAACUUUGGCUGGCGGAAUUUAUCUUAUCCCACCUCACUUCAAUUCUUAGGGAAAUGUCUCUAGGGUUUCCCGACAUUAACCCAAUUUCUGUUUUUUUUUCUUUCUCAGGAUUUUUUGAACAAGUUUCAAAGAGCAAAAGAUGCAAUGGAGUAUGCUAGAAAGAGUGCGGCUGAGUCAGCGACUGCAACUGUAAGUGAACAGUAAUUGUUUUUUAAUCAGUUUGUGGCGGGGAGGGGAGGAGAGGGGAAAUCUUGUUUGUUGUCGAGUUGUUUCUCGUUAGUCCCGCGAACAAAGCCUUGGUCAUUCUUGUAAAUAGCUCACUGGUUGUCUUUACCGGUUGAGCCUUUAAACCAUAUUAUGUUUUAUUAAGAUUAAUUCUUUGUGACCUGCAAUCGGACGGUUGGGAGUUCGUUCUGACUGCUGGCUAGAGUUGUUUCUCGGUAGUGUCUAGUUCACCUACUCGAUCAUGCUCGUAAAUAGCAAAUUGGUUGCCUUCUGCCGGUUGAAGAUUUUAACCAUGUUGUGUUUCAUGAAAUUAUUUGUUUGUUGAUCAUUGUCUGAGUAGCUUACAUGUUGGCAACAGCAGCAAAGUGCGCUUACACUAUGGACAAAAAUUUAACUUUACUUUUACACCAAAAUUGAUUUACUCGUGGGCAUGUUAAAACACUUUUGAGUUUUGUGCUCCAGUUAAUUUAGUGGUGAUCCGAUACGUUUACUGUUGAAUUGGACAGACGCUCAGUAGUAAUUUUGAAGCCGCUGGCCCACCUCUCUAGGAAGGUGACCGGUAUACGCCGUCGGGCGCUCUUGUAUUUGGUCGCACUUUCAUCACUACGGAGCUAAAAAUUUACCCUUUCUUCAUUUAUCGCCUGAUAACUAUCGUUCUCGUUUCCUCGCAGAUUCAGAGCCUUCAGUCUCACAGCUCCCGAAUCAGCCUUUCAGUGUCAAUUCAAGCUCCUCUUAUUGUCAUCCCGGUCAGUUCAACCUCUUGUGAUGCACUUGUUGCAAACCUUGGUCAUCUUAGUGUGUCAAACACUUUCAAUCUGGUACAUGAAGGGGACGAUCCGAGUGGAAGUGACGCUGUUAUUGUUGAUAACAUGGUGGUGGAGCUCAGUUCAGUGCAGUUAUCGAGGUUUGAAUUUGAUAUAAAAAGGUUAAUAUAACUACUUAUGUUCUUCUCUGUUUAGAGCUCACUUUUGAAGCUUGAAAAGCUUUUCAAGGUACGAUUUAUAUGCUUGCCCCAGGCCAUCAAACCAUAAGUUAAAUAAGGAGCAACAAGGGAUCGAUAAAUAGUUAAAAGAGUGUGUCUUUGCAGAAAAUGGCGCAGUUUACAGAUCAAUUCUACAGUUCGGCUCAUUUUAAUAGCUACAUGGUCAAUAUGAUGUUUCCAAGAAAGAUUAUUGUCAAUUAUUAUACCUAGAUGUCUCACAGAUUCCUUACAUUCUAGAGCCACAUUCUUAUUUUGAUCAUUGUCGAAUGUCGUUAUUUCAGGGUGAUAGGUAAGUUUUCUCUGAGCGGGUCUAAAAAUGACAAAAUUUGUUUUUUUAAUAUUCAAGGUUAGUUUAUUUGCCGUUAACCAAUCGAACAACUUGCAGAGUUCUUGAUUUACAGUUGACUCAGGGGACUUGAGAUUUUUGUCCGGAUAUACGGCACUCGUGUCGUCAGCAAAUAGAAAAAAUUUAAAUUUGUUAGAGGAUUCUUGGAUGUAGUUGACAUAGAUUAGGAAGAGUAAUGGGCCUAGGACUGAGCCUUGCGGCACACCGCAAGUAGUAUUUUUUCUUGUAGACAUGAAGGAACCAUAUUGCCAUUUUAUUCUUUUUUGAAAUAAAAAUUCCAUUCAGAGUUACGAAUUCAUAGUACUCACGUGCGGUGAAGUUUAAAAUACGACGACGAAUCGAUGUCAAUAUAUGCCACACUAAUGGUGACUGGUGGACCAUCGAGACAUGUCUGGUAAUCAAAGGGAAGUUUAUUAUGUGUUGUUUCGGAGAAGAUUUGUAAUGUUUUCGUUAUUGUGUUCUUUUAAAAUUUGCAGGUGAAUUAAAGUAGGUGUUGUGGCUCAAUUUUAUCUAUGGUUUAAAUUCAUUUGUCUUUGUUUUGGGGUAUAAAAAUGCAUGAUAAUGAGUUUGAAACAAAGGAAAAUAAAAUUUAAACCAAGGAUAAAUUUGAAUCACAACAUAGGCAAGUCAAUGACACCUACUAUGGUAUCAUUUAGGGCUUUGUGGCGGACUGUUUCUUUACUUUGACCUUAAUCGUGCUAUGGUCUUUUUAGGGCUGUCAUGACCGAUGCAGAAAAUAUAGGGCCCACCCGUCUUGUCUUAGAGCCAGCAAGUUUAGCUGUGUACGUAGCUCGCAACUUGUCACCGUGGUACCAUGAUGUCCCAGAUGUCGACGUGAUGGGAAAGUUACACGCCGUAAAAGUAAGUUGUGCAUGACCUUUUUGGCGCAAGUUGACGAUAAGAACUGGCCACAGCCGAAUUGCUCAUUUCAUAAGACAAACAGACCUUUCCUGCAUUCCGGUAAAUGAACAAAAAUAUAGAAUUGAGGUCGAAGCUCGGGUGAACAAUUUGGAUCAAUUAAGGCUUCUGGGACACUACUCAUCUACCCCUCUCCUACCCCAACAUUUUGCCCAAGUGAGACGCAAACUGUUAAGGUUGAGUUAGGGGAGGGUAGGUGGGCAGUUUCCCAGAAACGUGAAAUUCAGUUGAUCCGACAAUUUCAUACAAAUCACUGAGAUUUCUCCACCCAAACCUCGAGUUGGUGCCUUAGUUUACAGAAAUGCGGGAAAAGUCUAUUAGCCACCGUAUAGAAGUUUCGAGCACUAGCCCACUUUCGAUGGGUUAUUUGCGGUUUAUGUGUCCUUUUAAGCUACGCUAUUGGCAGAAACAGGUUAAUGUACAAAAGAACAAUAAGUUUAUUAUAGAAGAGGCGGUCACCAUCAACUUCCUGGAAAUUGAUGGGCUUUUUUUAGGACAAAAGAUUCUAAAAACAUACGCCUAGAGGAUUUAUUUUUAAGGUGUUAAGAGAAAAGUCUCGUUGUGAAAUGUUAAGAUUACUGAAAGUUUUGGAAAAACGAUUGUGGACCGUGUGUAGACCGUGUAUGGUUGAAGAGUCUUUGAGGUAAACAUGUUGAGUUGUGUUGGUUUGUGUGAUGGUGUUAUCAUUACUUUGGGUGCGAAAUCAUUUCACUUUAGCCCCUUCGCACUGUUUGUAGGUUUGAUCCUUAUAAUCUGUGAUUUCUUUUACCCAUUUGUUGUAGUUAUGCGCUGGUGAAGACGAUAUCAGAACCAUAAUGGGGGUUUUAUUUCAGAACCUAAGCGAAGGGGUGGCUUCGUCAGCAACAGGUAACCUUAUAGAAUGUGCAUCAAGGCACUCUUACACAAAUACCUGUGUUGGCAAACUUAACUUUGCGUUCAUGAACUUAACAUGGCAGCCCACAAAAUUGUUGACGAACUGUUGUCUUCAAAGACAUUUUUUCUUGGCCAAAUGUUUUUCAAGGAGCAAAGUAUCAUUUUCCUGUUCAGGACAUCCUCGUAAUUUUUACAAUUUGCUUUCUGUCUUCAAUCUUGAAUUGUGAUUUUUGUACCUGACUCUUUGAAGAUUAGAAGACUCGAAGCAUGCCUCUGGUCAUUAUCAUUGAAACAUGAUAUACUAUCCGGGAUAGUCUAAUCCUUUCGACUCAGUUUAUUUUGGUCUCACUUUCUGACUAGAAUCAUCGUCAUUGGAAGAAAGUGCCACACCCACAGUUCAGCUAGGACUGGGUAAGUGUUUGUUCCAGCCCAGACCAGUCGUAAAGAGAACCACAAUGUUAAUUAGGCAGAUCAGUCUAUUCUGGGCUGUGAUGGUUCAAGCGAAAAUUUGGCGGAAAGGCUAAUAAAAUGACUGGUGCGGCUGGUCAGUUCGGACUUCAGGCAAGCGUCUUUAACUCUUAUAGUAAGUGUUUAUGGGGCCUUCCUUGAAACACUGAUUGGUCAUUCCAGUAUGGUAAACACUAGCGCCCGUGUGUAAGGUGUAAUGUAGGUAAUGCAGUGGUUGUAAAUCAAUAGUAAGGAAUUGUAAACCAACAAACAAAUAUAAGCCCUUGCGUGACAAACUCCUGGAAGCAUCUGUUUCUCAAACUCCCGAAAGCAUUUUGGUCCCGGAAAACUAUUUUAAGUGCCUAAAGUUUAUGAACAAAAAUGUGAUUUUUAACGAAUUAUUUGAAAAGUAAACAAGGUCAAAAAGUAUGUUGGUCUACAUUGCACGAACACGUGAGAAAUGACUUUGCGGGCCCAAAAACUCUUCGGGUGUUUUGAGAUAGUAGGCCAGGCCUGAAUAAACUGAAGGUUAAACACCGGGUGGAUCCACCUGGGCACAUUGUUAAUGAUGGCUAGAGUCAUUAACUAGUAUAUGUUUGGGUAUAUUCAGAAUCUGCAGAUACAUCUGCGAGUGCUGAUACUACUUCGCCUGCUGAAAGUGAAGAAGUUUGGAACACUGUGAAAUUUUCUUUUGAAAUCGAGGAGGUUUCUGCUUCAGUAUUUUGGAAGGAAACUGCGAAGGUAUGUAUAUGUGUAUGUAAAUCUUUAUUUAACACGGGAAAUCAUCAGUUAAGCUUAAGUUAAAAACUAAAACUAAUUACAACUGCUUUACGUGAUUGCCGUGUGGGAAUCCGAUAUAUCAGCUACCUUCUUGAUAUUUCGCCUAAAAUGCUCAACGGAUGCAGCAUUUUUUAAGUUUUUGGGCAAGUUAUUCCAUAACAUGGCCCCGCUGUAAGAGAAGCUUCGUUUCAAAUAAUUGGUGCUUGGUUUGGACAGGGUCAGCCUUCCCUCAGAGUUUGUUAAGUUGUAAGCAGAGUGACGCUGAGAGAAAGGACUUUGUAGAUAUUCCGGAGCAAGGUCAUUCAUGGUUUUAUACAUCAUUAAAGCUUUUUGUUUCUUUCGUCGAAGAGAUAGCUUCUCCCAGCUGAGGGUGGAGAGAAGGUGGUUUGAGCUCGCAUCUAAGGGUGAUUUAGUAAUAACUCUGGCUGCACGAUUCUGUAAUUUUUGGAGCUUAUCACUCAAGAAACCACUCAAACAGUUCCAGACGGUGCUGCAGCAAUCAAAAUGAGGCAUAAUUGAGGCGUUAUAAAUUUUAAUUGCAGUUUCUUUGGAUAUAAAGGGCCGCACACGUUUUAGGGCGCCUAUAGCUGAAGAGACUUUCUUGCAAAUCUCUUCAACGUGUUUACCCCAAGAGAGUUGAGCAUCUAUGGGAAGACCCAAGGAUUUGGUAUGAUCGACUCUCUUGAUAAUUUGGUCAUCAAUUCUGAUUUCUAUUAUUUGUUAACUUGUGGUAAAGUACCACAAGUUAACAAUGUUAUACUACUACGUGAGAAAUUUCUGCAAUUUGAUUGGCUCAGAGCAGUGGUAUUUCAGCUUGAUUUGAAAUACCUACAUGUGAAAAUUUCAAAAUCUUUGCGGGUAAUAGUAUAAACAAAUAAUAGCAUGAUUUGUACGUGAUAUUAGGCAUAAAUACCACUUGAGAUAUUUCAAAAUUGAAGUCUUCUGGAGCGUUGUGUAUUUCAAAUUGUCUCUUGUCAUCCUUGGUGCUUGAAAUGAAAUGACUAAUAAAGGAGAGUACAUUAUGUUUUCAGCCUUUAGGGGAAAAACCUUCCAGGGAACCAGACUUCUGUUUGGGUCAGUUUUCACUUGUUCAUUUGGCAACCUCAGGGCAUAUUAGAUCCAACUCUGUUAUAGAGGCCAGCGCUACGUUACAAAGUUGUAUUCUUGAUGACAAAAGACCAGCUAGUGAAGAGGGAGUAACGAGGUACGUAGCGAUGUGAGACUUUUUUCUUCCCCUUUUUUCUUCCCACCCUUUUUACAUGUGUGUGUGUCGUCUGAAAGCCACUUCUUUUUUACACUUCGGUUGUAAAACUUUAAUUUUUAAGUGGAAAAAAGGUAUAAUACGAGAUGGCAAAAAAGCAAAAAAGCGAGAGACACUUCGCACUCUCGUCAUGCUCAAUUACGUCUUUCAGUAAGCUUCGAAACAUUAGAUACUUGAACAGGGUAAGGUAGCUGAACAGAACUUGAUAGGUUGUGGAUCGUUAUCAUUCAUUGGGGUACUUUUUGAGACUUUUGCUGGUAAAAAGCCGAAAAAUAUAUUUAUUUAUACGACAUUAAAAUUAUAAGGUUAAAAGUAAAAUUUCGAUCGUUGCCAUGGCAACAUAGACGAUUGAAGAAAGCCCGAAAUAUUAAAUUUCCUAGGUACACCCAGUUUAAUCUUUUCAGUAACAGAAUAAAAGAAUUGCAUACCUCUGUUAUAGGCCUGUUGUGACGGCUUUUUUUUAUCCAAUAUUCAAAAACAUAUUAAUAAAUCAUAAAGAAAAAACAAAAUAAGGUAAAGUUUUAAACUGAGAAAGACACAGUUAAAGUUUACUUCCAAUUUUGUAGAGCAAAAUAACCCCAAUCUAAAUAUUAGUGCUAGAAUGAGUUGAUUUAUAUCAGAGACUUUGAACCCGUUCAAAAAACUCGCAGUCGUGUAUUAUCAGGUUUAAAAACUCUCGGCUUCGCCUCGAUUUUUUAAACCUGAUAAAACACUCCUGCUUGUUUUUUAAUCAGUGCUUCCAAUUUUCAGGAUGAUUGAGAGAUCUGAUGGCGGAUCAGGUGAAGUGAAGAAUAUGAUAGACAUCCAAUUUCAGCAGGCCACUAAUCAGGACAAGACAAGUAAAUAUUCUGUACUUUGCUUUGCUUUAAAGUUGGUUAAAUUAUGUCUUGUCAAUUUUCUUCAUCAGUCACUUGUGCGCAUGCGUGUUCCAACGCUUGAUGCGUACUUUUUUUUCAUUUUUGCUUUUGUUUGAUGGCGUGUUUUAAAAAUAAUGAUUGAUUACUCUGGGCAGUUAAUCCAACCACUUAGUCACAACAGAUGACAUCAAUAAUUCAGUCUAGUCAACAGAGUUAAUAAAUAAAAUGUACUAUUACAAAAAGAUUAAAAAGCUGAAGUUUCGAGCUCUGGAGUGCCGUCAUGGCGAAUGCUGAACAACAGAUAACGCUUGCUGAGAGAUGGAGAGAGAAUCCCAACCUCACUUAGUUUUUGGUGAAUUUUAACGGGCAAAGAAACCUCUUGUUUGCGCCUGUGAGCACUUAAGUAGAAGUAUUAAUCAGUUUUGAAUGGGAAGUAUUGAGGUUAUUAUUCAUUUUUAGUCGUGAUGCAAGUUCAGAGUUUCCAUGUGAUUGUAAACUUGGAGUAUCUGCUGGUUUUAUCCAACGUGUUUACGUCGGCGUUGACAACUGAUGAAGCAACAAGUGCCACACCCGCUACCAUUCAACAGUCCUCUCAGGCCGUCACUAAACAAACACCUGCAACAGUGGAGGCCGUUGACGAAGAACCUCCGCAAAUCACAGUUCUAAUCUCUAUCAAAGACCCAGAAAUUGUUCUUUUGGCAGAUGCAAGGGACAAGGACACUAAUGCUUUGAUUUUGAAGGUAAGUGGUUCCCUCUACUGUUGAACGGUUACCGCAUAUGUGCAAAAUAGGACAUGAGCCCUUUCAAUUCUGUUUUAUAGGAAACUUCCUUAUUCUUACUGCUGGCCCUUUACAGCUUUGCGAAGUUUUUGCUAACAACGUAUUUCUAGUUUUAUACUACUAUAUGAGAAAUUUCCGCAAUUUGAUUGGCUUACAGCAGUGAUAUUUCAGCUAAAUUUGAAAUACCUACAUGUGAAAAUUACAAACCUUGUGCGGGUAGUAGUAUAAACAAAUAAUAGCAUGAUUUGUACGUGAUAUUUGGCAUAAAUACCACUCGCGAUAUUUCAAAAUUGUCUCAAAUUUCACGAGCCGUUAGGCGAGUGAAAUUACGUAUAACAAUUCUGAAAUAUUACUCUUAGUAUUUAUGCCAAAUAUCACUACUAAUCAUGCUAUUACCUAUACAAAUUUCGCCUAAAUGCAUCCCAGAUAUCGUCUUGAGGGCUGCAGCAACGCCUCAUGUGUCAGAGGUUUAACAACUUGUGUCCUAUUCUUUGCCCGUUGCAGAACGCUGUUGAUUUCCGCUUUGUUCAAGGGCAUGGUCAGCAGAAGAUGUCAGGAUCUGUGUCAGAUUUGGUCAUUUUGUCAGCAGCGUUUGAUAAGGAAAGAAGAAAAACAACCUCGUCAAGGGUAAAGGCUGAUUUCAAGUCGUGUAAAACCUUUUUAACUUGACUUGUGAAUGUCCUCCUCCGUAUAUUUUUCAUGUCUGGUUCCGACUAGCCUGUGGAUACAGAAGGUCCCCAAUAGGGUUCUUCAAUCGGGUCAUCCCGACCCAUGUUUUCGCUCAAUCUCGUAAUCCCGAUGGCUAUUAUUUGCAUCCCAGAUCCCGCGCAUACUUUCAAUCCCGAAUCUCGCCCCCGUUUUGCUUUAACAUACCCGAAUCCUGGCAGAUCCCGGAUCCCGAAAAGCCGAUCGGGGAAUCUCAGUACAGCCGCCUCUCGUCGCCCCUUUACUUAGUACGGCGAGCGAGUGAAAGGCGGCUGCACUCGCAGGCUUGGUUCCGAGAAAGGUUUUUCUUUUAAAACAGUUUUUUUUUCAAUCUUUUUUAUCCCUGAAAAAUGCUUGGAUACCCCAAAUUUUCCUUCCAAAUUUUCGUAGGCCCCUCCUGUAUCCUCUUUUUCUGUUAAAUCAAGACUGUGCAAAAACUGCAAGCGUAUCUGGAGGCGCCAUCCGUUUACGAAUAAAUGUUUGCAUUUCUUGUCCAGGUUCUUCAGUUAUCUCAUAUUUCCCUGCUGAGCUCUGUCCCUGAAGGUUCUAACAUGAAAAUUGACGUGUCUACUGGAAUGGCAUAUGUACACGUAUCACCACCUACCAUCAAGACCUUGACAGCAUGUCUCAUGUCACUGGCUCCUGCUAAGGUACUUUGUGAAAUAGAAUAGAGACCUAGAAACCUUUACAUUCUAAAACGAGGACGUCGACGAGAACGAAAUUUUCUCAAUACUAAGUAAUGUAGUGCGCGCGCAUGAACCAUCGUCAUUCUGGCGGGAAAAAGAGAUAGUCUUCGUCUUUCUAUUAAGAGUUAGCGAGAAUGUCGUAGUGGCGGAAACAAGUUAUCAAAUCUUAGAAGUUUCAGUUUAUCAUUUUAGGAUGAAGAGAGGGCUAAAACACCUUCAAUAAAGAUAACAGUGCUAAAUUUUCUGGGUGAAAAAAAGUACAGUGAACUUUUCCGGGACGUUUAUUUUGUGAAAAUACGCGAUAACACUUUUAAGUCUAAUCUCGAACGCGUAGUUAUGCGUUCUCCUCCUCGAAUCUUAAGGUCUCUAACAUUUUGCAACUAGUCCCUGAUGUUUAAACGUUGGAUAGCGCUAUCCACCGGAUAAAUCGUAAUCUAGAGGAUAGGUUUUAGGCAAUCCAGUUGUAUUAGUAUCCAGCAGAUAGAUAUUUAUCAAGUGGAUAGCGUUAUUCUCCUUUUGAGCAACUGGGGACUGGUGGAUAAGACCGUGGGAUGUCGCUAUCUGCGUAAUUCUCCUUUACAAAUAAAAGCCGAUUUAAUAGUUACUUAAUUUAUAGGUCACUCGGAUUAUUUCCAAAGUCAAGAUAUCCUUACUUGUAAGGAGAAUUUCUACAUUUGCAAUAUUUGGCAGCAUAAAGAUGCUUAGCAAUUAUUGAGGCUGAGUAUGAUCUGAAGAAUUAUGCAGAUCGCGGAGUGAGGCCGAGGCGGAUAACACCUUUUGAGAAUCCAAUAAUCGUUUUAUUUUUCAUUCCAAAUAAUUCAUAAUGUACUUUUAAAACAAGCCGAAACAUUCUUACCUCGAACUAUGUUAAGUCUAGCCUGCGAAAACAGCCGAACUUCGCUCCCCGCCGCUUGGGACGUUUCGCCAGGAGGGCGAAACGUCCCUAGCGGCGAGGAGCAAGGAGAGACAGCUUAAAGAAACCAGCUCUGGUUACGAGUGUGACAUAAGGUGGCACCGAUCGUGUGAGUGAGUAAAAUCGAUCAUGUUAGGCCAAUUCGAGAUCAGUUUUCUACUUCAGCACUUACUCAUGGCAAACGUACCUGUACAAGAAGCUAGGUCCUCCCGUAUUCAUUUUUAAUUGAAUAAUUAUGAGAGGGUCUAAAAACCAUUUUCAGAGUGAAGAGGACAAAACAAAAUCAACAGAAGAUACACUGGAACUGUGGAACGAAAAGCCAAUUACUACAGAAGACAGAUGGUAUUUAUCGCCAGGUAGGCAGUUUUGUUUAUGACGAUAAACUUUCACGUACCCUACAAGUUGAAAGUAGCGGCUACUUAAGGCGAUUUUAAUUUUGGGAUCUACAAUGCACGUCAGACUUUGCUGAAACACCAGACGCUUUCAUCAGACGCUUUCACAGUGUUGCACAGGGAGUUACCCCUCUACAAGACCGUAUUUUGCGCUUUAUAAGUAACAAUUUUAAUUGUUAUUGUUACAAUUAUCAGUAUCAUCAUUCAUAUGCUCUAAAAGUCAUUACAUGACAGCGUUCAGAAUGUUUGCUAGAUAUGACGUGCACACAAACUAGGCAAUAGACCUUUUUAGCUGGUAAGUUUUGUUUUCCCAAUUCAGACCACGUGAUGCUCUCCAGGGAAUUUGCCUUUUGUCUUUUCAGUAAUUAUGCAUACAUAUGCACGUGCAUGCACGUGCAUAAGGGGACAUUUCGAAGAAACAGUUAUCUGGCGUACCAUCAAGUGGUCUGAAAUGAUCGGAAAACAAAACAUACAAGCUAAAAAGGUCUAUGAAUGUGUGAGGUGUUCUGCGAAACUCCCAGCUAUUUAUUAAGUUUACUUGCUAUAAUUUAGUUCCAGAAGGUCAGAUUGUCCCUGGAAGACGUGUUCUAGCCAGAUCUAUCACAAACCUUCAUAACUACGAUGCUGGAUAUGUCCUUUCGUCGCAAGAGACUUUCCUUUUCGUUGUAUGUGAUACGUGGGGCUUCCCUAUGUUCUAUGACACUAAUGACAUCGCUGCUGUUGUCGUUGACAAAGAUCCUCGACCCAAAGAUCUUGUCAUUGGUGCAGUAGUGGUCGCCAAACGUCCCAAGGAAACAUCCUUUGUAGAAGGAAAAAUUGUGCAGACAAAAGAGGAAAAGGGAGAACGAUUUUAUCUGGUUGACUUUUGGGAUGGAGUCGAACAUUGGAACACAGAGGAAAAGAUUCGCGUCCUUACUACUAUUGCGCCGGGAGGUAAUAGACCUUGUAGCUUGGCUUUAGCUCUCACUGCAUGUUCUAUUUCAGAGGAAUGACCUUAAAACAUGGCUGCCACAGGUCAGGUCAGGGAGAAAUAAUCUUCAAGGUCAAUGAAAAAUUAGGGAAUUUCAUUUUUCAGGGCCGGGAAGUCGAAACUUUGAAGCAAAAACGCCAUCAUUUAAUUUUAUACCGACUUAGUCUGUUACGUGAUAGCAUAUUAAUGAUAAUUAGCCUCGUUGCUCGCCCCCGUGCGGUUCUCUCGCUCGCCACUCGAAUGGCUACAAGCAUGGACACCUGUCUUGGGACAAAUUUGGGUUUAUAGGGAUUUAAAAAAAAAAAGUACUCAUGCCCGUCCUUCGUACAGCAUUAAACCCGUCUAUCCGUAUUUUUUUCCUGAGUUUCAACUUUGUAUAGGGUGGAGGAAGGGUGGAAGUACAGAGCAAUUGUAAAAAAGAUAACGCUGUGUUAUAAAGGUAUCCUUGAAAGUAUAGGUAUUAACGAAUGUUGCUUCACUGUCCCAAGGACAGUCCACGAUUGCAGCCUCUGUCAAAUGACUGUUACAUGAGUUAUUUAACCACUGAAUGAAAACGACUUCAUACUCAAGUCGAACAUAUCUACCUUUCUCUUUUUUUCUGUAGUGCCAAAAGGAGAAGUCGCCGUAUCGAGUAUCGUGUUUGUCAGAUCCAAAGACAACAUGUACCAAAAAGGAUUUGUAAGCAGCAAAACGUACAGCAAGUUGCAAGUGCGAAUCUAUGGUGAAUCUGAGGUGCAAACGGUAGAUACAAAUGACAGCGCUGCGGUUGUACUCGACGUUACACCUGAUCCAUCAGCUCUGAAAAUUGGAACUACUGUUAUUGCCUCCUUUGACGGCUUCAGUUGGGAGGCUGGGAACAUUGCUGAAAUAAGACAUUUGAAAGAGACAGGAAACGACAUGUAUCGUGUUAGGUUCAUUAGUGGAGGCGACACCUGGGUCUUUAGCCUCAACAGAAUCCGCAUUCUGAGAACAAGAAAUCCAAAGGGUAUGACUUUUUAUGUUAAGAAAUAAUUCCGCUGUAUUUUGAUCGUUUCUCUGGCAUGGAGGUCACCUUCUUUGUUAAAGGAGUUAUGUCACUAAGAUAUUACUGUUUUAGGUCAAUUCUGUGCUGAAGUCAUUACUUAGUACCUUAACACAUACAUAAAAUGCUCGUGUAGAGUUAUGAAGAGGAUAUCGAACAAAUUUCAUCAGGAAGCAAUAAUACCGUAAUAAUCUUUUGGUAAUUUUGGCAGACAUAGCUUUAAAUCUUCAAAAACUUUGGGCCAGUUUUUUCAAUUUUAAAUCCCUGUCUAUCCUUGCCAUCCCUGCCUAAAUGUAUUUCUUAUAAACAAAAAUGGACCAUUAUUUUUGGAAUUUUAGUGAUGCGAAGACACGGUCUCGCUUUGUGGAAAGAUACUAAAUGGCGUGGGAUCAUAACCCCUUUAAGAACUCUCAAUUUUUAAAAAGCGACAACUGAAGGAGACUCCUUGAAAUACGAUUUGGGAGUGUAUCUCUUUAUGAGUGACCCAGUCUGGGCAUUCAAUCAAACACAACGCAACGUAGCUUGAUUAUUUUAACUGAGUUUAUUUAAAGGAUUCUUGUUUAGCCCAACACUUGUCAAGUUUGUUUUCUGUACUCCGUUGCAAUCUCCUCUUUUUUAAGACACCAUUAGUCCUUUUAAGAGGCGCUGAUCUAGUAAAAAUGGUUGCCGCUUUUUCGUAAAACAAUGCACUGAAGGCGAAAUCCUUAAGGGGGGUCCAGUUUCCUUCCAAAUAAUCUCAGUUGCAUUCAAGGGACAGCGAUCUUUCAAUCGUCUCGAACUUAAUGUUGAAUCAGCGGUUCCUUCAUUCAUUGUAUGAUUGUCUCGAUCGACUGAACGCAUUUUAAGAAGAUCCGGCCGAUUGAAUGGAAAUUAGGCUUUUUGAAGGAGAAUCCGCGUACAUUAAAAAACUGACUUUUUCACUGCCGUUCCCAUCGUGAUUGCCUAACCUCCCGAAUAGUGAAAGUCUCUUCACGUGACUUAGAUAAGGUUAGGGGGUAGCUCCAUUGGGCGAUCUCGUUGUGUUCCAAGGGGUUCUUGAGAGUUUAUUACAAAUUCUUUGUAUAAAAUAUAUAGGAAAUACAUUCUUUGCGAAUGUAUUAAACUGCAGCAGCUGCCCUUUUCUUACAAAAGUAUGUUAUAUUGUUUCUUUAGUUCCCGAAGGGGUGUUAGCAGUUGGCACUGUCGUGUGGGCACACACGUCCAAAAUAAGGUACUAUAAGGGAUUUGUUUCAUACAAGGGAACCAAACUGCAUGUUGACCUCUACGAUGGAGACAAAUUUCUGUAUGAGUUAAAGGAUGCAUCCCGAAAGGUCAUCCCUGAUGUUCCACCAAAGGCUGCUGAUAUUAAGCGUGGCACAAGAGUGAUAGCAAAGUUUAAGAACAUGCAACGCUAUUACAGUUCUACUGUCAUGGAAGUGGAUGCUUCUGAUGCUAGUGAACCGAGAUAUCAUGUGAAGCUUGACGAUGGAGAUGAGACCUGGGACUCGCUUUAUCAUCUGAGACUGCUUCCCAAAGAGGUUCAAAUUGAAGGUAAUCUUGUCGUGUGCUUUCACUCUUUGACUAUUUCCUUGUAUUUCUUUUCUGUUGUACCCUGUUUAGCAGAGACUUUUCAUCCAGCGUUUCUGGUUUCCGUCAAGGUUCUAUAGUGCCGCUCGUUGCGUCGGCCUUCAUCCCGAAGCAUCGCGCCGCACGCCAGGAAAAACCUCUCGUACCCAGGCUUUGUUGUGGAGUUAUUUUCAUGAAAGUGCUUUAAACAUCAUUCUUCUAAUUGUUUUAGUAUUGUUUUGGGUAAGGGAAACGCACCAUUGGUGACUUCUCUUCCGAGCAGCUGCUACAUGACCCAUAAGUACAACCGAUGGAUUAACUUUAUCGGUUGGACUGAAAACUACUUUCUCAGCCGUGAUUGCUGUUGUGGAUAAUUGUAAACUUUAUGACCUUUUAUUUGUGUAAGCUGCUUUCAGGAUGGUUUUUUUGUUCUGUUUUAAAAAUAGUCUCCAGUCUUCAACGUAGGAUUUUAUAAUUCUCCCAUGCUUUAUCCAUAAUACCAACAGACAUAAACAAACUUUCCGCUUUCAAGCAGUAGUUGAUUUAACUUGAUCUCCUUGUAGCAAAUCUCAGGGGCAUUUAGGCCCCGUUUAAAUGGAGAAAACAUGUCCCUUGUAGAGGGAUUACCCGCCUAUCCGAGCUACCCUGGGGCGAGCCGACUUUCAUACAUUUCCUUACAAAAAGGGGAGAACCGUUUACAUGACAUUACAUGCGAAACAAAUAGUUGGCCCGGCUAGAACGGUGACCCUGGCAGGGUCCCCCUCCUACUGAGCCUGGCAGACUUUUCCUCAUAUCAACACUUUGGUUCGCCCAGCCGGCUUAACUCAGUCAAGGCGAGACAAUCAGAGCAUGCGCGAGAGCUGUUUUAGACAAUUAGAGCAUGCGCGAACGCUGUUGCCUCGGUCUCAUAAAAAAUGCUCGCUAAAGUUUAAUCGGCUGUGAGGAUGAUCCGUCUAACCGGGCUGGCCAGAUUUUCUCCAUAAGAGACCUUACUUUUUGACUGACUGUAUGGGAAUAAAGGAUGACCUCCCAACAUUUAUGGAGAACUGUGACAAGCGAAAGGCCUUCAGGUCAACUUGAGAAGUAGUGAAUAGAUCAAUUAUUUAACAAAAGUGGCUUAUUUUGUUCUUUAGGGGAAGAGAAAUCCCCGGACCACAUCAAUGCGAACGAGGCUGGAGGCGACAAGGCAGAGCUGGUAAGUGAGAUGUUCACGUCUAUGAUCUGAUAUCCUUUACUCUCAGAGCAGAACUCGAAAAAAAAAGUCCCGUCUGGUCGUCCGGGUCAAGUAGAUUUUCUUGUUGGGCAAGUAACUUUUUGACCUCAUUCCAACGGGAAAUGGUCCGAGCAAGCCAUUUGGUAACUAAAUCAGUAGUUAUGACAAGAAAGCAAUUGCCUUGGGCAAGCAAAAUGUAACAGCUUCUUGUGCAAAGGAUAAGCUGGAAUUCAAUCUUUUUUUUAGCCCUGCCAUGAGUCAGCUAUGAAAACAGCAAAUCCAGUUUCUUAACUUUUGAGCCUGCGGUUAAAACUUGGUGUUGUGACCUAGAAAUAUAACUUCUUAAGCAGUAACCGCGACAGGACUAGCUCAGUCGAUAGAGUGCUUAAAUGCGGAGUGGGAGGUCGUAGGUCAAUCACCUGCAUAACCUUUGCUUGGUUCGGAUGACCACGUAAAAUGGCAGUCCUGUCUUCAGUAGGAGACGUAAAAAUAGUGUCUUCAGUUAGUAGUUUUGUGCGAAAUAUAUUGGUUUUCAAGUCAAGCGGGUUUUUUUUAAACUUUCAUGGCGUUAUUAUUUAGUAUGUAGUCUUAACUUAGGAGUCUGUACAUAAUAGUUAUGCGAUGCGUUCGACUGGUAUAGCGUAAAAUAUCCCACGAGUGACUUGAUUUGUCUCAGUAUACACACGAGCCUGUACAAUCUAUGGGGGUACACUUGAUCUGGCGUGGCUGUAACUUUAGAGUUUUUUCGUAAAAUCCUAUGGUUUGACCAUUUAGUUACAACCGCUUCAGCAGUACUUUCACAUGGUAAUAUUUAUUUAGUAUGAAGUCCUAACUUUUGAGCCUGUUAAUGAAAUUUUAUGGAUGGACCAUUCCAGUAAAACCUCUUUGAUGGUAUUUUGCUACUUGAAUUUUAUUUGCGUCACUCUUUGGAGUGCAAGGAAACCUAUCAACUACCAUUUCCUUUCGUCUCCAAACACAGAGGUAAUCUUUUACUUUCUUUUAUUUCGUUCUGUCAGUUGGUGUUCGAAAUGGAGGGAUUCGAUGUCAAACUGGAGGGUAUGUUUAGUGGCCAGGUUAUUCCACUAUUGUCAGUUGAUGGAUCAAUACAAGGAGAAUUAAGGAAUUGGUCUUCAGCGGUAAGUCACGUGCGCAUUUACCACUGUAGAAACGAGAAAACUGGGCCAAGUUAACUUUGGCAAAGACUUUUGGGACAUUUACUAGGAACAGGGAAAACAAAUUGGCCAAUGAGUGAAUGGCGCGUCCCCAAUAACGAUGCCAGAAGUCUUUGCAAAAGCGAAAUCGAACCCAGUUUCCCUCUCGUUUUUUUAAGUGGAGAAUUGUGUGCUGUAUUCUACAUCCGCGUUAAGGUGGUUCCAGUGCAUUUUUAAAAUUUGUGUAUGUAUUUUUCGUGUUGGUUUGGGGGAGAAAGGGGAUAUCGAUUUCCAAAGAAGAAAGACAAACUGCUACCGCCUAGAAUGAAAUACGUCUUUCAUUAAAAGGUUAAGCUAGACGGAGAAGAACUAGAUUGUUAAGAUAUAAUUGUAUGGAUUGUGCUUCUCUUCUUCGUUUAAUGUAUACCUCUGCAUUCUCUCAUCAGCUGAAUAUCCGCGCGGGAGUAGGCCUUACCGGUAACUAUUUUAAUGAGAAUGUGUCUGAAUGGGAGCCUAUGAUAGAACCAGUGGAAGAUGAUAAGCAGGUCUAUCGUCACUGGGAACUUAAUUUUGAGGUAAGAAAAGCAGUUGUUACAAGAAGCGAAGAAAACCCCGAAAAGGAAAGGCCUUUUAGAUGGAAAUUUAUGCCAGUAGUUCAAAAACCACACGUUAGUUCAUUGAGCGUAGUCUACAUGCAGCUGCGGGACAAAUAAGCGCAAAUACGUUAGAUUUAAAAUAAAUGUGUAGUAUUAAGUAAGUGGUAAAAGACUCAUUUAGCGAUGACACAAAAACUAAAUUGAGAAAUAACUACGGUUCACUGCUAUUAAGUUCGAGUGAGCUCACUAAUGUAAACAGGAACGUAGACUGAUGGAAAUUUAAAAGUUAAAUUGUCUGCUUACAAUGUCUGUCAUUUUCAUCAAGGGCACAGUGAUCAGACCUGGAAAGAGAGUCAGCACUGAAAGGAAAAGCUAACUCGGUCGGAAGGAAACUUCAUACUAAAUAAGCAGAAAAUAGUUUUUUGACUUUCUUUCCACACUUUUCAAACUGUGGUAUCACAGCUGGCUCUAAGUGCCUGAGUCGACCACCACCAGUCCAUGUUUAAUGAAUAGAUAAUCUUUACCUCUUAUGUCCAGAAUUUCUUCCAUCCUCCCUGGCUGUUGGUGUUGUUUGGGACGAGUUUUGACCCAGUGUCCCGCGCAAUCUCGUAAUGUAUGGCCAGUGACAAUAAGUGUUAGCGCCUUCAAAAGCAGUUUCAUAGCGCUAUUCGACACCGACCUAGUCUAUUUUAUUUACGUGUUACGUGUUAACGUGCGUGAAAAAAAUAGAGGCAAUGUAUAAAAAGGUCGUGCGUAGACGUUUAACAACUUUUGUGUUCACGAACGACCUUUUAUGCAUUGCCGCUAUUUUAUUUAUGGGCGUAAAAUUUACGUGCGUAGGCAAGUAAAAAUUACACGGCAUUGGAAAUGCAUCUUAACAUUAACCCUAGUGUCGCGUUUAGGGUAAACCUGAGGACAAUGAUUUUAAGUGGUUGUUGAAUGUCGGUGACCACAAGAGAGUUCCUGCAACCUGCACAGCUAAUCGCCUUUUACAACACUUACAAAUACCAUUGUACUGCGACUUAUGCAUUUAAACUGUUAACUUUAUAGGUCUGAACGUUUCUUGGCAGUAAGAUCUAAUCUUUGUAUUUUUUGUUUCGUUUCCUUUCUUACCAUCAGCUUUCUAUGGCAAAUGGUGACAAUAGUGACUCCAGUUUGGAAGAUAAUUCCGAAGCAGCCAUGACACUGGCCGUGAAAUCCAGGGAUGUCUUGGAAAUGACUGUGACAAAAACAUGCCUGGAUGUUUUUACAAAGCUUGGAGCGGUAAGUAUAUUGGCCAUGCUGCAACUUUGACAAAGUCUUAUAGAUCGAAUUGUCGCUUGAACCUGUCUUGCAACAAAUCAGGUUUUUGCAAGUUGCCUGAAUACUAACUUCUGAUUGGAUUAAAUUAUGUUACGCGGGGGUCACGCCAUACCCGGGAGUUACGUCAUUUUUUGAAAAACAAGUUGGGCUUGGGCCGACAAACGCGCAACAUAUACAGAUUUUGUUGCAAAAAAAGUAUAACUGCUCGCUAUUUUCUGAAGCACAUUUUCGCAACCUGCAACAACCUGAUUUGUUGCAAGUGUAGGCAGGUUUGAUUCGUAGGUGGUAAAACCCGUAACAUCGCUAUUCAGCUCGUGUAGCAGCAAUGUUGUAAAACAAUUUGCAUAUCUAUAUUGCUCAAUUUACCAUACCUUAAGCCGCUUACGGCGUAUCUAACGUGAGAAUGAGUUAAGUUGGGUUUUGAAUUGAGGCCAUAUUGUACCGUUUUCCAUGACUAGCGAUAUUCUCCCAAAACUGUGCUAUCGGAUGGUUCGUGACCAGAUUUUUUAUCAGUAUGUUCCCUGCGUUGCAUUGGUGUUGUAAUAAACGCCCUUCUUUACACAAUGUUAACUCCACAUUUCAUAUCUCUAGGCUUUUAAAGAAGCUGUAAGUUUGCAAGGCACGGGAGAAGUAGCUUUGGAAGAUAUUCCUCCCUAUCAGAUAUGGAAUGAGGUUUGGAAGCUGUUUUGGAAACGUUAUGUAAAUCAUUUAAGUGAUCUUUUAAACAAUAUUUCUUUUCAUUUCUCUCUAGCUUGGUAUGGAGAUUAAAAUACGCCCUGGAAAUAAAUUUCAGGUAUGCACCCUUUCUUAAAGUCACGUCACUUUGCAGGGGAAGAGUGGAAUUUCGUUUCGCAUCGACUGUUUGUCUUCGAGGUACCAUUUGAAUGCAGGCUUAAGUAGUGCGUCAGUAAUUAUACGUCGGUACUAUUCGAGUGACUUUUGUUUUCAUAGACUGUUCACAGUCCUCGGCCCUUCGCAAAAUUGUGGGGAUCGAGCACCUAACCUAGGGGAUGAGUAUCAAAAUUACUUAGGGGGCGGGGGACGGUUGGGUAUUUUUCUCUCCUCCCUCCUGUCACUGCUGUAAUCCCCGAGCCCCCCCUCGAGACAUUUCAAACCAAGAUGGCCGCUGGUAACGGUAAACGCUAUAUAUCACCGGUCGACGAAAAAAUAGGGAACUGAGCAGUAUGUUCAAUACGUUUGGAGAACCUUUCACACUCGUUCAUUUUACAUAUCACACUGCAGUGCUUAUGUCGGCAAGAGUUGAGUUGAGAAGCUUUGUUCUAUACGGGUCCAGGAACCUAAUUCGAAUUUAGGUUAGUUUAAGGGUUGCUAUUUUAGCGUAGGCUGUCUGCUCGAACUCUGCAUGUGAUUGUUCCAUUCUAAAAAGAGAGCUACACAUUAGAGGGAAUAUUGUUGUUGUUGUUUUAAGUGUCCCAUUGAAUCCUGAUGGUUCGGUAGGAUUCUUAGCUUUAACCUAAUGAGCUAAUUGGCUACAUGCGUCCUUUUUUUUCCCCAGAGUCCUGCAGGUCUUGGUGCAGAUGGGAUGGUUGUCAUUCCAACUGGGCAGAGCUUGUCUCUUCGAUUUGGAAAAGGAUUAGAUAAAAGAAGCAGUAGAAUAGAUAGAGGGAGUAGUGCUUCUGGAGUGGGACCCAGCAUUGGUAUUGAGGUGAGACUUACCUUUCUUAAGAGCCGGAAACUUCCAAUUUCAUUCUGUCAAUUAAAAGUAAAUAAAGCCAGGUUAAGAUACCAUUCAAAUGUCGUAAUUCCAAAGGGUCAAUGGCAGUUGAGUGUAAAUCAAUUUUCUGCUGAGUAUAGAGACUUCUGGCAGUAAUCCCUUUUAGCCUCCUACUCAUGUGAGGAUAGCAAUUGGACAGAAUUGUUCUUGAAGUUAUGAACAUAUGAAAAUCAUACAUGAGAACUGCAGGGUGAAGAAUUUUGUUGAAUCGACCUGCUCCCAGUUGGCUUGUUAGCUCAAUUGAUAGAGCGCUGCAUCAGUAAUAUCACAGAGGUGAAGGGUUCGAAUCCCGUACAAGCCUGAUUUUUUUUCAGGCUUUCUUUUCGCAACUGCAAACGUUGCGUCUAUAGCUGCGAUGAUCUUCUUUCAUAGAAUUGUUCUUUGCGCGAAUCCCGAAAGUGUUCAAAACUGUCUGAUUUGUUUUGUUUUUGCUUUUGUUUUUAUUUUUUUCAUUAGGUGCAAGGUUAUCAUGAGCUGAAGACAAUUUCUGUUAAGCAAGCACGAGUUGUUUUGCACAACAUCAUCCCAAAAAAGGUAAAACGAUCAUUUUAGAACAUAAGGUUUUUGCACCUGCUGUUUGAUGCUCAAAAGAUAAGACUGGGACAAAAGAAACUUGGUUAAAAUUGUUUCAAAGUAUGCAAGACCUCUACAUCCGGGGCUAGUAAGAGGUCUUAGUUCUUCGUACUUUUUCUUUCUGUAUUUUGUUAUUGACCCUAAAAUGUGCUCUUGGAAGACAAAAUUUUUAACUUUUGAAGUAAGAAAAUCUUGAACGUUUUGAAAGUUUGCUGGUAAGUGAAUUGUUUCAUAAAACGGGGAGUGGCCAAGUGUAGCGGCCACUGCCAGCUUAAAGAACGACUUUGCUUUGAGAAAACAUAUUUUUGCUUACGGAUGAAUUAUUAGUGCGGAAUUAUUAAAGAAACUGUGUAAAAAUUGGUUUUUCCUUUUUAAUAAAUUCCCGGACAACUGUGACACUAGACAGCUACAAUACCCAUUUAAAUUAGGUAUAAGACUUCUAAUUGACUAACUUUUUUAAACGCGGCAUACAUGUUAUCUUACCAUCGAAGUUCUAGUUUAAAAAUGGCCUUCAAACUUCAGCCUAAUGAAUUAGUAAAGAAACGGUUUAAAAAAUAAUUUUGCCUUUUUAAUCAAUUCCCGGACAACUUUAUGACACUAAACGGCUCAAUACCUAUUUAAAUUCGGUAUAAGACUUCUAAGUGACUACCUCUUUUAAACGCUACAUAUAUGUUAUGGUACCAUCGAAGCUCCUAGUUUAAAAAUGGCCUUUAUGUUUAAACUUCAGCCGUGGUUCAUUAGAUUUCAAGGCUGUCUUGAAACAUUUCAGUCUUUCGUCUUUUCCCUUCGCUUGCUAAUGUUUGAUUUACCUCUAAGCUUCUGAUGAUUUGGGCAGGAAAAUUUAUAUUAUCGUUGUAGAUAAGCGUGUGUUACUAGUUUUUAAGAGUUCAGUUAGAUUUGAAAUUCUCAAAUCUUGGCAAUAAAAACAGGAGCUAAAAUGUCCAAAUGUGUUUUAGUAGAUGUUAAAAGGCGCCCAAAAAACAUCAACCUCUUGGUAUAACCUCGUGAACUGAUCGAUUAACGUUUGAAAAAAAUAACCUUUCCCACUUCACCAGUGAACAGUCAUGCAUGCUUAGUCCUUACCAUUCUUAUAUUUCAGUUGAUAGAAACCAUCGUAUUAAUGCCUGAAAUGACUACCAUAAAUGAAAUGGUACUGGUAACGGAUCUUCACCCCGAUGAGGUGAUGGGCAAGUACCUAAAUAACUAGCGAGCCGUCUUUGUCAGUCGAAGCUUAACUGUUAAAUGACAUGGAUGAGUAAGCGUAAAAUCAAAUAAAUCUCGAGAAGCGAAUUUUUGUAAGGAAGAGCGUUUUCCUCAUCUCCUGUCUUCCUGUUGUCUCUGACUUUGCUUGCUUGUCUUCGUUUCAGGAUUGUUAUAAAUUGUAGUUUGCACAUAAACACAAUGCAGUACGCUACAGCCACUUCAUCAUUUCGUUUGCACAGUGUUUUUUUUAUUUGUGAUCAAUGCUCGAUGUUUAUUUUUAUUUUAUUUUCACUAUCAUUUUCCACAAUGUUUUGUUUCACGUUAUGUUUUUGGAUCUGAAAUUUGCCUGGAUCGCCUGCAGGGUCACGUUUUACUGGUUCUGGUUUCUCAUUACACGUAAGUCUUAGGUACCCUUUUGGAUCGAGAAAAAAUGGAAGUCGUCUACGUUUCCAAAAUGUAGCUUUAACGCUUCUCUCGGCCUAUUUGGUAUGUGACAUUGCCUGUUUGCUGGUUUGAUUUACCCAGAAAGCUUUUUAAAAGUGGUAACGGGUUUCUUUAUGAAACUUUUUUUUUUAAAAAAAUGACGUCAUCUCGAGUAGAAGUCACAGGCAUUGAGAAUAAUUUUCCGUGCUUAUGUGUGUUCGAAUGAAACGUCCUGCCAGUUUUCUAUGCUUUAUAAAGAAAACCCUGCCGGCGAUAUAGACUGUUUUUUUUUGUUUUCAAGGCUACUAAUUGUUUUAACGUACACUUGACAGUUUUUUUGUUCGUAAACAACGCUGUUGUAUACACUGCACUAAUGUGUGCCUUCCACUCUAGCUUCUUGCAGGGAUCAUUGCGUCAGUUGUUGUUUCAGUCGAGACUGGAGAAGGGCCGAGAAUAGUGACCGUUAGAUCGCCUCUACAGGUCAGUCAGUAUUUAGGAUCUAAAACUCAGUAGAGUAAGGGCGUGUUGCCUCUCACCUACCACAGGUAGGUGAUGUAACCCGCCUGUCAAUGAAAUCUCUCAUUUAAGGGCCUGUUUACGUGGAGGACCCCAGAUAGGUGAGGUAACGUGGCGGGUCACCCCACCUAUCAUGUAAACGUGAUCACAUUAAAAUGAGAGAUUAUAUGGACAGGUGGGUUGCCCCACCUAAUCGAGUUACCUCACCUACCUUGGGUCCCCCGUCUCCAUGUAGACGGGGCCCAGUUGUUCGAAGGCCGAUAAGCGCUUAAUCCGGGGUUAAAUUUAACUCGGGUUUCUUUUUCUUGUGUUAGAAAGCAUUUUCUCCGAUAAUUUUCUCUGUUAUUUUUAGAGCUUCCAAUCAUCAACUUGUAGACAAAAAGAAUUAAAACUGAAAUGCUUUUUAAGCUUUCAUAUCUGAAUUCAAAUCUCGCAUUAACCCUGGGUUAUCUUAAUCCAGGUUUGAACAACUCGGCCCUGACCUUUAAUUUGAUCACGUUUACAUGAUAGGUGGGACGACCAUAUAAGAGAUCAGGGAGCUUAAGCAAGAACGACGGCCACGUUAAAAGUCAGUUAAAAAGUGUGUUCGCGCUGUUUUAACUUUAUCGUGCUUAUUCCAUCUCGUUCUGUUCAUCAGAUGUGGGGGAAUAUUUUUGGAGUUGAAUUCUAAAGGACUGUAUUAAAGUUCAGGAAAAGAAAAACAAAGUCGUUGUCUUGUGUUCACGUCCUCUACAAAACGUGAAAAUAGGCACGUGCUGCACGUGCAAAGUUGUUGUUUUGCAAAUCUAAAACUAUUGCUUUUUUGCCGUUCUCGUUGCCGUCGCCGUCGUCGUUGCUUAAGUUCCCUGUCAUAUGGGCAGGCGGGUUACCCACCCAAACGGGUUACCUCACCUACCCAAGGUCCCCCAGCUCCAUGUAAACGGGCCCUAAGUCCCUUUCGCAGAUUUUAGCCAACAAAAACUUGACAAAUGUUUACGCCCUAUUGUUACUGCGACCGUUCUUGGGAAUUUCCCUUUGAAAGAUAGGCAUCUUACUAAAAACCUUCCGCGCUUCAGUGAACUUAAUCCUUUAAUAAAUCCCUUCCUAAAUUGAGGCGUAAAUGACCCGAAAGCGUAUAACUCUGUUUCAGUGCUGGUUUUUUUUUAUUUAUUUCAAAGAGUCAAAGUUUAUAACAGUUUUAAACCGGCAAAAAAAGUCUUUUCAAGAAGUUUUUAUAUAGGUCUAUCAUAAUCGGUCUGGGUUCAAUCAAUGUUAAGCCAUGAAACUCCUUUCUGAAAGAAAUUUUGCUGAAAACUCUUGGACUACGCUGCAACCAUUAUGUUGCAAGAUAGCUCGAGCGUCCAAAUAAAGUUUCUCACAAGUCAGUUGAUGUAGCGCGCGAAGUUCCUUGAUCGUAAUAGUCAAACAUAAUAAACAAUUAUUAGAUUCGUGUUUCGCACGAUAGAGAGAAUCAUCAAGGCCUAGGUUUGUGAUAUUCGGCCUCAGCAAGUCUCACUUUCGUGCAUAAACUUCAUCCAAUUGUUUCUUAUUUGCGGUCUCGUUAAUGAAUUACCUCUUUCUUCCAACAGAUCAGCAACCACUUUCCGAUCCUGAUGGAUCUGUUGUGCCAAAAAGAAGAUCAAUUUGCUCGCAUCACAACAGUUCAACCUGCCAGUACCUACAGUGUCCCUCUCAUUCUGGCGCACAAAGCUGCUUUGUACCUCAAACCUGCAGGCUUUGGGUUGGUAUACAUUAUCAUUAUUAAUAAAAACUGAAUCAUUGGAUAAUACAAUUCUUGAACGCUGAUUGGCUUAGCCAUCAUGGUAUAUGAGCCAUUAUACCAUGCUUUUCAAAUAUGGUAACUGUACGCGUCUGCUCAGAAAUUAAAAAAAGCUUGAAAUCGGUUGUUUCUACAAUUAAAGUCGGGAAGAAUUCUCGAUAUUUUGUGAGCGUUUUUAAUAAAAAAAAUUCAAUUCCGUUCGUGUUUGUUGGAUAUGAGAUGGUUAUACUCAACUCCACGCUAUGCACCUCGUUGGCUCUUUCCAUAUGCAUCUCAUAUCCAACGCGCACUGGUGGGAUAAUUGUUAAUUAUAGUUACUAAUUAUACUGGCAAGUAACGGUUAAGCUCCCCUGUCCAAAGGGAAAUGUACAAGCAAUUCAUCUUGUUAAUAACUUAUUAACUGAAACAAACAAGCAAUAGCUGUAGGCAAGCGAAAACUUAAAUUCAAGUUUGUUACGAUCCUCGCAUUAGUACAGGGUUUGAAAGGUCAGCUUUUGGUUACCAUAUUCAUCCGCAGGUCGUAUAGCCACCCCUUAUUAUUUCAACGGACUCACGAAGCGAAUAUUAAUUCUAUGUCGUAACCAAAUAAUCAAACUUAAAGACAAUACACGUUGUAGACACUGAAUUUAUCCAUUUACAUCAAGCGAGGCAAACACGCGUCGCAUCAAUUCGAGUUAGUCGAGAACUGACGUGGAACUAUUAGCUAAUCGCAGUGCGUAGCUACUUGGCUUAGUUUAAGCGUGGUGUUACUGACUUGUCCCAGUCGUUGUUGUGAUGCGUACGUCGAGAGAAGGAGUUGAUGGAAGGGAAAAGAGAAGAGGAGGGCUUCUCUCUCCCUUGCUUUCCUCCUUCCCGUCACACCAUGAGCGCAACUAGGCAUGCGAUCAACAGAGACUACUGAGAACCUAGCCUGUGAACAGGCUCUCUGUUUGGGGAAAAAUAGCGAGGAAUGGGAAGGGAAAGGGUCGCUUUUCCCUCUCCCCACCCCGCGCUACUAAAGGCCUGUUCACAGGCUACUGAGAACCAGUCAGGUAAUGUUAUAUUGACGUGCGCGAAGAACUGAAAUAGGUAUGUAUUCUUCAUUUCCCCCUCCCCACCCCCACCAAAUAUCUAGUCAUUCAAAGGCCCGUUGUCGCCAACAGAGAGUGACAUUUGAAUCCGUGUUCGUGUUUUCUUUUUCUUCUUCCAAAACCAAUUUUUCUCGACUAAUUUAUUUGUAUUAUCUAAGAAAGUCCAAACAUUUAAUGGCAAGCAAAAAGAAUGUACUUGAAUUUGCUUUGAACACGUUCAGAACUAAAUACAGUUUCCGCGCUAUCCCUUAAGUUAUAUCUCAUUCACUCUACUUUGAGCAACCCCGGGGGGCUAUUGGAAAGAAAUAACUCCUCGUUAAUUUUGACGUUAAAGGUACGGCGAGACUACCACACCACUGCUUUGGAACAAGUUGGCUGCAGCGAAGCAUUCGUCAGUUCAGUGUCCUCCACCAGCUAAUGAUGGACCACCAUUUUAUAUUGAGGUAUAAUGUCUGAAUUUGUUUGCUAGUCUAAUAAUAAUGCAUACCUAUUUUGUUUUACUCUUUAAGACACUUAUCAGGUAGGGACCGUUAUUUUUAUCUGUUUUGUUAGCGGGUGAAACGUUGUCUUUGAACUGGAGUCAAUUUGUUACAGCUUAACUGAGUUCCUUUAUUGGUGUACCAAUAGUAACUGACCAGUAUAAACUAAACAGAGAUAUGAAGAAUAAAUGUCACGCGUUUAAAUUGGUUCUAUGCCUCUUAUCGUGGAGAAAACGAACUGAAAUUAAAAAUGGAUAGUUUAUUGAGCGCGGCAACAAUAACAACAACAAGAGUGCUGCAAGGAGAAGUAACUUUCCUUUAGGAAGUGUCAAUGUCAUUUCUCUUGUUAUCUUUAAUUGCUUGCAAUUCAUUGAAAGUACGCGUCUAAUUUUUUUAAACGUCUUGCAUGUUCUUCGGCUUUGCCAUGUCAGUGGCUGUCCCGAAAAAAUCUUGCCUAGAUGGAUAUUCUCCUACAUCCUUUGGUUUGACCAAGCAACCAAUAAAGCUCGCUAUGGCUAGACGUAGGGUUUGUUGUUGCAUUGUGUUUUCGUUGUGAAAAUACAUGGUUUUCGUUGCGAGCAAAUGUAGUCACGGUAGCAAAAUUCCUUUAGGGUUUGUUCACGUGAUUGUAUUCCGGAAUACGAAUACAAAAAUGGUUUUGUUACAAUUCUCCUUUACCGUGAUUCUUGGGCCACUCAAACGCUUCAUAGAUCAGAAUAUUUUAUUUCAAGCAGAUUUCUAAAUAUUGCAGUGCAGUGAAUGCCUGACCAAUGAUUUCUAGAGUUUUUUUCAUUUAUUCUUAUUCGGGAAUACAGUCAGUCGAACACGUUCUUAAUCUCCUUACAUUUCCUUUUAUUUUCUGUUUCUGUUAGGUUGAAUGUGAACAAGUGUCAUACGCUUAUGUGCAUGGCUCUUUGGAACACGCGCCUAACUACAUUCUCCACAUUUAUCCACCGGCAGUUUUGCAUAACUACUUACCUUACAACAUUCGUUAUGCAUCAGAGGUAAGAACAAUCAAGAUUUACAAACCUGACUUUUCUUAGACUUAAGUAAUAUAUGAAGGAUGAAAGUUUUUUACAGCGUUACCUCAUCAACUAGCCUUCGUUUCUGUUGAAAUUUAACUCCAUUGACCAGGGUUAAAUGACGUCUGUGAUGCGGGCUACUUAUGUAUUACCUGGAAGUGAUCCUUUAUUUAACCCUCUUGUGUUGCCCCUAUUCAUUUCCUACAGAAGUAGUUGGGAGAAAUUGAUAAAAUAUCAGGCAAAUUCAUCUUGUGUGAUCAUAUCCUUAAUUCUCAUGACCACUCUGUUUUACAAAGCAUUGAUAAUACAAGGAGAAAUUUGAUGCUGAUCACCCUUAGGACUUAAAGGGUUUAUAAACGUUACGUUUAGGCCAUGUUCAUACUAUACCGGAUACCUUUUGCGCCGGUACGAAAAUUAUACCAGAUAGGGCUUCUGUUCACACGUAAGAACGGUGAUUUUGGCGCGAACUCUGUAACGGAGCGAAGCUGCGCAGCGCCGAUUACGAAAGUGGAGCGUCACAUAUCGGAUACGUUCUGAACGGGUGAACGGUAUUUGGUCCAUAGCGGAAGUGAAUUAAUAGGAGCGAUGACUGAAAGCCUUUGAGCAACUUGCGGUGAGACGGAAGUAAAUAUUCAGGAGUGAGAAUUGGGAUUAAGUUCACCAAACCCUCUCGGCCAACCGCUCCGGCAAGAUGUUCGAUGUAUGUGAACGACUUGUUCAGUCCCGUACCGUUGCUGUUCACGUAAAGCUAGCCGGUAUAGUGUGUUCAUAGCGUCAGUCGCCUUCACAGCGUCCAAAGAUGAUGGCAUGCUGUUGGCAACUGAUUUCACCCCGAUUUUUGUUAUUCCUUUUUAGGGCUUACCCCUGGGUGAACUCAAAGGUGGCGACCAGUGGCCGCUGUUCUCCGUGAAUUUGGACCGUAAAGUCAUUCUGCAUAUUCAGGUAACGGCAGCGAUGACCUUGUUUCCCUCUUUGGGAAGCGUCGGAGAGAGAGAGAUCACUUCAAAACGAAUGGCUCGAUGAGCAUACGUACGCUCUGCGCGUUCAUUAAUUAAGAGAUAGUUCAUGCUUAGCUUUCGUAUGUCGAUUUCUGGAUGUACGCGGGAAAUUUGAAGAGCACAAGAGAAGCGUAAGAAGCUACAGUUGCUCUCAGCUACGCCUCGAGCAGCUCUUAGGCUUCUCUCGUGCUCUCCAAACUUUCCGCGUUCAUCCAUAACUCGAUGUACGUACGCGAAGCAUGAACCAGUUGUCUCCUUUAGUAAAACAGCUAAAUUGACAGGCUUACCUUGAGAAAUGCAUUGGGCAAACGGCAAACAAAAGCCUUUUUGCUCCCUAGCAGUCGUUCUUCCAUGGGCGCUCUGACUGAGCGCGUUUAUUUUAACUUGUUGAAAUAGUGCAGAAGGAUUAAGUAAUUUGCCGUGUUAGCCGUCGGCUCAGAAAACAACCAAACGAAUAAAUGAGUGACGGUGUAAAGCAAAAUCCAUCGCUAACAAUUCCCUAUUUUCCAUGACAAUGUAACUUGUUAUAGGAAAAGAUGACUGUCGUCGGGUUUCACAUUUGAACUGGUUGAUCUUUCUCGUUUUCUCACCUUUUUGCUCUUCGUUCAGUGGAUCUCACAAACUCUCACACGAAAUAUUCCUUUAAAGCACUGCCCAACUGAAACAAAUUGAUAGAUUUUUUGUAGUUCAAUAAGCAGAGCGCCCUUUGUCCAACACAUGUAGUAUAUAUGUAGAACCUCCCAUAACCAAACAGUCGUGGGACCAUAAAAAGAGAGGUUAGAAAUGCAGUGUUUGUGCUGCUGGUAUCCGCUAGUAGGAAUUGCAUGUGAGCGGAGGUUCGACUGUACUUAUAGAAUAUUUAGGGGCUUCCACUUACAAAAAGCCCCAAGAUUAAGUUUCUCCGGCCGGUAAAUCUGCUCUUCCCGGCAUUAUUGGACAACCCUGUAAGCGGACGUUCCAAAGGCUAAACGAAGCCCAUUGGGUACCCCAAACGCGGUACCAAGCUCAUGGAGAUAAUGUGAGCGGGAAUUACUGCGCCUGUGCCAACGGCACCAAAAUGAACGCUGACUGAUAACACAAGAUGGCGCUCUUUGUUAUUGGCUGCGUCAAAUUUCAUUUAACUGCAUUGUAAGUGCACUAGACUCAAAUGUCUCGAAAAGUGUUUGAAAAAUUCCAGUUUUAGCUGAUUGACUUUACUUAGUCACUCAAUUUAUCCUGUUGCAUUUUAGCUUGAUAACUAUCAAGGUAGCAUGUGGAAAGGACUAAUUGAACUGUGGAAAGGAAUGGACGAGCUCACAACAUUCACUCUGCAGGCUACUCAGGCGGCGACGUACUUAAAGUACUUGGUAAGGUUUAACAUUUGUAUGAUAGUAACGAACAAUAGACCUUAUUCACGAUACCCGCCAUCUAGGAUUGGUGGGAUAAAAGCAAUGUCACGUGGUAUUUCAUGGAACAACAACCGACAAAAUUAGCCAAUACGAGUAAUAGCGGUCGAGUUUGUUUAUUCUCUUAAUUUUAGACUAUGAUUUCUGCGUCAUUAUUGCUUGCUGUGAGGACAUCUACGGUCGGUACUGCUUUCAUAAAAGUAACAGUGAUCACUUCUACCACAGGGUCCAGAGGAGUUUCGUGUGAAUAAAUGAAUGACUUAUUUAAAGUCUCACCUUGAAAAAUGUCUAUGCCAACGGGAUCUUUAUAAAUCUACUGUAAACGAUUUCUUCGCUUCUUAUCUGACCCAGAUCGACUUUUGAAAAUCAAUAACCACAAGCCAUAUCCUCGCUGGCGCACGGCACGUCGCCCGAAGGGCGACCGAGUCACGAAGUGGCGAGUAAGAGAAAGGACAAGGGAGGAAACUUGUAUCACGUGACUUCGUUCGCAGUAACCGCAUCACUCGGUGAUGGAAGUGAAUGAGAUCGGAAACGCAAGAGGAACAGACCGCUGCUAAUUCGAGAAUCAAAACAUCAGCUGCGGAGAGAGUUUUAAAGAUAUCAGAAAUCUAUGCGAAGGCAACAGAGUUUUAAUUGAAGUGAAGAUCUUUCAAGACUGGACAUUUGUUGUACGUUUCAACAGUCUUCGAUGUCUUAAGCAGGUUUUGCUUCUGCGAAGGCUUCCCAGUAGUUGCAAAACGCACAGCCAAAGACGCAAGAGGUAAUAUAGUUGGACCACCGAAGAAUGGCACAGUCGUGAUGAUAUUACAGUUGCCUUGUACGUCCGCUCUACUCAGUGUCACUUUUUAUUCCAAGAGUACACACUCCCCGUAAAUCACUAUCCGUAACAAUUUAACAUUCUCCAAACAAAACUAACGAGCUGGGCCCAGCGUGAUACAGCAUUGCAGAAAAACAUUACAUUCACGGACUAAAGAAAAUCGCUAGGUUAUUCAGAUCCAGAAGGCACUUUGGAGAAAACUGGAACCCUUAUUCAGCCGUAAUAAAAAGCUUUACGCUUCAAAAGAGGUCAAAGAAAAUGCGCUUGCAUCAGAGGGCAAAUCCUGCCGACCAGAAACAAUAACCACAGUAAAUCGAUAUGUGCCAUGAUCUCUCAGUGUGAAACAUGCGGCUAAAAUCCCCGCUAAAAUCACAUUUGCUGUAGAACCUUCCAGAGCAUAAUCUACCCAGCAGAGGAAAAAAACUUUAUUGGAACGAUCAGCAUUUUGGCAUGAGGCAAAAGUCGUGUAGGCUUCCCGUUUACUGCUCCGAUCUUGAGCACAUUUACUUUACUACGUCAUUUCCGUCACCAUCUGUUGCGGUGCAUAGGCUUAGCCACAAGUUGCCGAUGAAUCCCAAAAAAGUUGCCGAUAAAAGUGUCUAAAAGUUGCCAAAAAGGUGCAAUUUUUUUCAAAAAGUUGCCGAAAAGUUGCCAAAAUGUUUCUGCUUUUCGUACCUUUUUUGGGUGUUAAGGGACUGGUCAAAAAGUAUAGGCGGAGGUGGGCCGGAGCAGAGAGGGGGUGGGUCAUGAGGUUUUGAGCCUUGUGAAAGGGGUGGGUCGUGUAAUUUUCAGCUACCCUUAAGGGGUGGGUCACCCUAUUUUUUACUAAAUACUAACGAGACAGUUGACUACACUUGUUAUAUAAAACACAGCCAGCUGGAAUUAUUGCUAAAAUACUCACGAACCUGCUGUGCGAGAAAAUACAAAGGUUGACAGGCCGCACAUCUAUACGGGCAUGGAACCCUUUGUUAACCUUUUUUUUCGGCUUUAACGAGCAUGUCCUUUAACGAUUUUCCUUUUUUCUAAGGAAAUGAUUGGUGGUUCUUUAAAAAUGUAUUUAAGUUAUAGUUGGUUUUGUAUAAGAUUCCAUUUUUUCAUUCAAGCUUCCUUUAUAGUAGACACUGAGGGCUGGUAUUGUGUCACGAAUGACAAUAUUUCUUUUUCCUCCUUGUUGUUUUGUUUUUGGAGUUUAGAAUCCCUUUUGUGAAUUUUACUUCUGAUAGUAGGUUUUUCAGUCAAAGAUAGGGGGCACACAACGAGAAUAUAGUUCAAAACCACUUAAACAUAGCAUUGUUAAACGUAUUUUAGUAUUUAAACAGUAGAUAUAGGCAUAUUUUUAUCCCCUAAAAAUUUCUCAUCUGUUCGGAUCUCCUAGCUGAAAGUCUAGUGAUACGAAAAUUGUAGGGAUCAAAACUUACCUUUUCGAAAAUUUCAGCCAGAAAAAAGGCUCCCGAAAGUUAUAGGUGACCUUUUUAGGGUAAAAAUCCGUUAAAAAUUAUACCAUUUUUUUAGAUGUUCGAAAAUCCUAGGAGGGGCAGACAAGCAAGAAAUUUUACAACAAAUGUUCCGAAAAUUCUAGAUCUCAAAUCGUCUUUCGAACAGAUAUUUUCCGAAAAUUGGCGUUGGGUGCCCCUGAAAGAUUGUGGGUAGCCUCCGUCCGUCAAGCUUUUUUUUUUAAAUUUGAAUUAUUUUCCUCAAAGGUUGUUUCUGAGGAGGCUUCUCCUUUGACAAAUUCUUUUUUAACAUUUGGAGGGUGACACGAGGUGAAAUGUGUGUGCAAGAAGCUUUCCGUUUGUUUAAAAUGUGUCUUUGCAUCAAGGAUAGAUUUUUCCUUGAAUCUUGUGCCUUUGUAUACAACCGUGUCUAAAAACGCAGUCUCAGUGUCAAAUGUUUCGGCCGUGAAUUCAAUAGUUGGGUGAUGUAAGCUUGCUUGUUCAAUGAAGGCUUCUAUGUCUGGUUUACUCAUGUCCCAUAGGGAAAAGAUAUCGUGUAUGUGGAAUUUCC